UGCGUUGCCAUAGUUCCUCAAGCCAGCAAGCAAUCAAGAAGCCAACCAAAGCCUCCAUCUCCGGUCGUCCAGUCUCAAGCUCGAACCGAAAAUGUCGUGCUGCUCAGGAAAGUGCGGCUGCGGCGAUGCCUGCAAGUGCGGCAGCGGCUGCAACGGUUGCGGCAUGUACCCUGACGUCGAGGCCGCCGGCAGCAACACCGUCCUCCUCGUCACCGCCGCUACCCACAAGGCUAGCGCCGGGGGGAUGGAGAUGUCGGCAGAGGCGGAGAACGGCGGCUGCAGCUGCAGCAAGUGCAACUGCGGCACCAGCUGCGGAUGCUCCUGCUGCACUUGCUAGGUCGUCGACCACUCAGUUGUUGCCACUGGUCGCCUGCUACCACCAUGUAACGCUACCCUGAUCAAGGGCCUGUGUAUGUGUGCGCCUACCCUGCCUCGGCAGCAGGUCAUGCAUAUGUUCGCCCCAAAUUAAAUAAAUUUCGCCCGGUUUAACUGUCCUAAA